AAGGAGGAGGGCUGGUACGUGGUGGUGGGGGACAGCACCACGCGGGAGCUGCUGGCGCUCAAGAGGAUGGGGUUGGAGGUGAGAGGCUCGGUGAGGCUGCGGCUGCCCACUCACAACGGCGCGGGGGUGACGCUGCGCCGCGUCGCCGUCUACGUGAUGAGCGAUUCGUACUUGGGACUGGACCAACAGUACGAUAUCGUGCUGGAC